AAGGAAAAAGAAGAAGAGAUGAGCAAGAGGCGAGCCGUCUUGUUGUUACGGGAAAGAUUCCGGUCCUGUUUCCUGGCGCACCGCGGCGACCGGCCGACGAGCAUCCACCGCCUCCAAGCCGCCUCUCCUCACUGCAGCAGCGUAGCGACUUCUUCCUCCAGCUGCAGAGCCUCUCCGCAUCAGGAGUUCCUCGCCAUGGAGGCUCGAAAUGUGGAUGGUGGGAAUCAUCCAAAUGGAAAGACCGACAGGCUGGCUAUUCCAAGCAUCUGCUUGCAUGGACUGUGGUCGAGCGGAGCUAGCGACAAGAACAAGGCCAUGGUUGAGCAACUGCAGAGAUAUGGGGUAAUCAAGUCGACCAAAGUUGCGGAGGUCAUGGAGACCAUCGAUAGGGGGCUGUUUGUGCCUCCGGGUGGUUCUCCCUAUUUUGAUAGCCCAAUGGCAAUUGGCUACAACGCAACCAUAUCUGCGCCUCACAUGCAUGCUGCUUGCCUGGAGCUCCUGGAGGAUCAUCUGCAGCCUGGUAUGCGGGCUCUGGAUGUUGGAUCAGGCACUGGGUACCUAACAGCUUGCUUUGCACUUAUGGUUGGACCGGGGGGACGAGCAGUUGGUGUUGAACACAUACCAGAGUUGGUUGCUUCUUCUACCGAAAACAUCAAGAAAAGUGCAGCAGCCCCACAGCUGAAUGAUGGAUCCCUCAGUAUUCAUAUUGCUGAUGGUAGGGAAGGCUGGCCCGAGCUUGCACCAUAUGACUGCAUCCAUGUCGGAGCUGCAGCACCGCAGAUUCCAGAGGCGUUAAUCGAGCAGCUGAAGCCUGGUGGCAGAAUGGUGAUCCCGGUUGGGACCAUCUUCCAGGAGCUGAAGGUGGUUGACAAGAAUCUAGACGACGGUGUCAGCAUAAGAGACGAGACGUCUGUGCGCUAUGUGCCUCUCACCAGCAAGGAUGCCCAGUUGCACUCAAAUUGAUCGCCGCAUCCUGCCAACCAAAUGCUAUCUUCAAUGUGUGAACCUAAAACCUCAUUAUCAAGGCGUUCUGAUUGGACAUAAAAUCUACCCAGCACUCGCUGUAAAACGCUGGGGUUCAUGGGCAAUGUAGGAUACUGGUACUUCAUCAAAGUAUUGAAGCGCGUGUUUGUGUUUGACUAUCUUUCUGUACCUGCUAGCAUCUGUGAGCGUGAAGCAUGCUUUCUCGUUGGAAGUGCUCUCGCAAUGUUAUGCUCUUGUCACUGGCAACUUGGGUUGGCAUAUGUUAACGUGCCCGUAAAUUCGAGCUACCCAACAUAUCUUUGGUUCUGUGAAAAAUGUCAGGUUGCAAGGCGAAUGUAAUUGCAAAAGCAAACAA